GUUCCUGCGCGCCUCUUGUUCCACACGGACUGUUUAGCGAGUACUCGUAAAUACCAGUAAAGAUGGCGACGCUCUUGAAGAAGCCACAUGUCGUUGUUGAAGAGGGAAAUGAGGAAGAGUGUGGCGUUUCUGAUGACAGCAUCAGUAAUGAUGGAGAGAGUGGACCAGGAAGUGAUCAGGAGGGAUCCGGUGUGGGAAGUGAUGUAGAAGACAGCGGUGAUGAGGAUGGAAAGAGUGAAGAAGGACAGAAUGGAGAUGGUGUGGAAAAUCCCAACGUCGGAUGGGCUGAAGCCAUGGCCAAAGUCCUGGGGAAAAAAACGCCAGACAGCAAACCCAGCAUCCUCAUGAAGAACAAAGAGCUGGACAAGAUCAAAGAGAAGGAGAAGAAAGAGCAACUUAAAAAAAAGAAACAGGUAAGCUAACGAAGCGCACCAUCA